AUGAAUACCCCUCCGCAGAGCAUUAUGCAGCUGGUGCUCUGGCUCGUCAUCCUGAGCACUUUCUGUUACACGUGGCUCUCCUCGGAGCCCUUCCUGAACUUCAGAGUCAGACCAGCGGAGGAUGGGGCUCCCCCGGUAGACAUCGCCGCCAUCCCUAGUUCCGCGGUUGCAGAGGAUCCUGCACUGGCAGAGCAGGCUGCAGGCGAAUCUGCAGAGGGUUUGGAGAUCAGCUGGGUGAAAGAAGAGAGAGAGAACUCUGUGAAGUUGGAAGUUUCACGAGAGGUCUUUCAGAAGGAAAUGAGCUCCGCAGAGGAUUCAGGAAGUGGUUCUGGAGAAAAAAGGGCAGGACGUUCCAAGUCCGAGAUGAAAGAAUCAGAUGCUUUGGGGAAGGAGUCUAAUACGACGGAAGGCUCAAACAGAGAAGGGGCAGCAAGUUUCUCUGAGUUAGAGGUCUCCUCAAAAAAUCAGGAGGCGGAAACAAUCCCUGCAGAAGGUCUCGAAGGGGAGAGAAAAAAAGUGAAAGAUGGCUCUUCUACAGCCGAACAUUCUCCGGAGGAGCCCGGAUUGGAUGUGCAGACGAUCGGUAAUCAGAUUAACGUGGAAACCCCGGUUACUGACCCGGCUUUGGAAAUGGUCGGUAGCCCGGGGGUUCACCAGGGGACCCGGCCGGCGGAAGAGCCCGGUUGCUUCCACCACCCCGCGACCGGCAUCGGGAAUGUGAUCGGGAACUACAUUCGAGACACUGCUUGCCCGCUCACUUUCUUCGUAUUUUGGACAACCACUAGCUCGCCGAAUAAAACGGCCAAAUCGGACGGCUUCCAAAUGCGGCACCUGCGGUCGGUGGAGAGCGCUUUCGUCACGCACCCGACCGCUUGCGUCAUCUUUCUCUCGGUGCUCAAGUUCGAGAACCGGUUCAUGAGCGAGCUGCAGACCCGCGGGUUCCGGCUACUGAUUCUUGACGAAUUCGACGUGACGUCACUGCUGAAGUAUACACCGGCGGAGGUCUGGUAUAAGAAGGUGGACGAGUGGCGCAAAGGAAAGUACUUCUUUUCGCACUUCACCGAUCUCAUGCGCCUUGCGGUGCUGUACAAGUUUGGAGGCGUGUACAUCGACACGGACUGCAUCGUCAUGAAUGACGUCACGGGAGUCCGAAACGCCUUCGGCGCGCAGCUGACGGACGGCGAGACCGGCACCCAUAAGGAAGUGGACGGAGGCGUGAUGAUGUUCGACCGGGGCAGCACGUUUCUGUACGAGUGCAUGGUCGAGGCAAGCGGCAAUUACAACCAGUGGGAUUGGGAGUUCAACGGCCCGGGGCUGCUCAAGCGCAUGCUCGCGCGCGCGGACCUGGAGGGCAGUUACACCGUCGUGCCGACCAUGGCAAUCUACCCAAUCUACUACCGGGACAUCUGGGCGUACUUCGGUGUGAAUGGGGACGCCAAGAGCGCCGACGAGCAGGCGGCUUUUUGGGCGCGCAUGCGCAACGAGACACGUGUUUUCCACUGGUACAACCAGUUUGCGCGGAAGCACCGCGCGGCGGAGGGGUCGCUCAUGCGCGCGGCGUUCAACGAGUUUUGCAUCUUCUGCGAGGAGGUGGUGGAAUAG